UAUAAUAAAGUCAGAGAGAGAUAGCGAGAGAAAAAACUCGGUGGUUCAUUCCUGGUGAAACUAUAUUUGUUCCUCGAAUAGAAAUGACACAUUGACAAGGAAACAGAAUGUGUCUGGUUUCAAACCUAACUUUUUUUUAGUAGUCCUUGGUUAUUCCCCGUUUAACUGUGAAUUUUUACCUUCUCGUAUCCUCCCAAAGUGGUCUGAUUGUAGAAACAUAUUUAGUCACUCACUGAGUGAGCGAGGAUGUCGUUUCGAGUUGUUCGCUCAAGUAAGUUCCGCCAUGUGUACGGACAACCACUGAAGAGGGAGCAGUGUUUUGAUAACAUUCGGGUAUCAAAGUCAUCAUGGGACUCUACGUUUUGUGCUGUAAACCCCAAAUUCCUCGCCAUCAUUGUGGAGUCUGCGGGAGGAGGUGCCUUUGUUGUGUUGCCAUUGAAUAAGGUCGGGAGGAUUCCUCCAGACUAUCCACUGGUAGGUGGACACAAAGGACCCGUUUUGGAUAUUGCAUGGUGCCCCCACAAUGACAAUGUGAUUGCCAGUGGUUCCGAGGACUGCGUCGUCAAAGUCUGGCAGAUCCCGGACCAUGGUCUGGGAAGGACUUUGACAGAGUCAGUUGUUGAUCUACAGUAUCAUCAACGAAGAGUUGGUCUAGUCCUUUGGCAUCCAACCGCUUUAAAUAUUUUAUUAACUGCAGGCAGUGAUAACCAAGUAGUAAUUUGGAAUGUUGGAACUGGUGAGCCUUUGGUAGAGAUGGACUGCCAUCCUGAUCUUGUGUAUUCAGCUUGUUGGAAUUGGGACGGUUCGCAACUCGUCACAACAUGCAGGGAUAAGAAGAUUCGCAUAAUUGAGCCUCGUACUGGAAGGAUCAUGGUGGAGUCAAUAAGCCACGAAGGAAGUAAAGGAACCCGAGCAAUAUAUCUUAAAAACGGACUGAUCUUCACAACCGGUUUUAGCAAGAUGAGUGAACGCCAGUAUUCCUUGCGAUCUCCGGAUAACUUGGAGGAACCCAUUGUAACCGUAGAACUUGACACGUCAAAUGGUGUAAUGUUCCCCCUUUACGAUCCAGACACCAAUCUAGUCUACCUGUGUGGCAAGGGUGACAGUGUUGUUCGAUACUUUGAGGUUACUGCUGAACCGCCAUUUGUUCACUACAUCAAUACCUUUCAAACUCCCGACCCACAGCGUGGUAUUGGGAUUAUGCCGAAGCGUGGUUGUGAUGUUAAAUCAUGCGAAGUUACUCGUCUCUUCCGUCUGAAUAACUCUGGUUACUGUCAAAUUAUCAGCAUGACUGUCCCUCGAAAGUCGGAAUUGUUUCAAGAAGAUUUAUACCCGGACACGCCUGGAGAUGAACCCGCAAUAACAGCCGAAGAAUGGAUCGGUGGGAAAGACGCUGAACCAGUUAUGAUUUCUCUAAAAGAUGGAUAUAACAGUUCCGUGAAAAAGAAUGAAUUGAAAGUGAAGAAGAAGGCUAACAUCUUAACGAAGCGGUCGGCAGGCGGCAGUGGGUCUUCGCAUGCUUCAGGUGGUGGGUCUGAAUUAGAGGAUGAACCUGAAGAUGAACCAAUCAGCUUGGCUCAGUCCGUAUCGUCUAUGAAAAUCUUGGAGGAUAUGCAAGAUGAGAUUCGCAAGUUGAAAGCUAUGAUUGUAAAGCACGAGAGAAGGAUUCGGGUGUUGGAGCAAGCCGAUGCGCGUCCUGCACUUCCCGUGUCUGAACCACCUCCUACAAUCACUGUGAAUAACAAUACUGGCCAUCCUCCGGAAGAUAUGGCCCCUGAUGAAGUUUAAUCAUCUUUCAUAAUUGUAUUACUAUUAUGAAUAAUUUAUCUCUAACAACCCAUCCUUUAUGAAAGUCAACUAACUCCAAAACUCUCUCUAUACUCUAUACCAAUGUAUUUUGUCCACUAAUCACCAUUUUAUUUAAUGUACCCCCGAGUCAAAAUUUUACCAAUUGGUUAAUUAUGUAGCUUCAGUAGACUAGAUCGGUAUAUCAUUGCACUGAUCAGAAACAAAAUUCCAAUCUCUUUUAUGUAUGCAACUGCCCGCCCACAUAUGUAUUGGGGAAAAUUUUCAGUAUUUAAUAGUUUACUUUUUUACACUUUCAAAUGAGAAAGUUAUGUGGUGUGUGUGCAUGUAUUAUUGUAUGUGGGUCGGGCCGAUGGGGGGAACUAUUUUUAAUAACAACAAAUAAUAAUUAUUAUUGUUAUUAUUAUUAUUAUCAUUAUUACGUGGCUAUUCUAAGUACUACAUACUACACAUACUAUACUAAUAGAAUGAAAACACAAACAAAUAUCCGCAGACGCUUCUAAUAACGGACUGAUUGUCUGGCCUAAUUAAAACUUCGAAAUUUUUUAUAUUAUUAUUUUUAGGAGUGAAACGUGUUUAAUCGUAUCUACCUGUACCACCACCACCCCUACAUUUUUUAACUACUAUGUCGUGGUGGUUGUCGUCAGCAUCAAUCAAUUUCACGUAACAAUAUGUACAUGUAAACUAUAACCAUCCAACCAACCAACCAACCAAAGUGCUUUAAUACCUCAUACUUACUUAUUCAACGCUCAAACCUAAUUUGAAACCCAAGGACGAUACAUUUUUUUCGAAUUUUCAAAACAAAAGACUAAACAAAUUAUUAUUACGCAUUUAUGUACUACUAUUAUUAUUAUUAUACAAGAACAAUAGAAAGAAGGAGGUACAAUAACUUAUCUACACAAAUUUUCUCUAGCUCGCAUGGUUUGUUACUUACUUAUUACUACUAUACUUUUUAUCCCUCCAACCCCUUGUUGGGAAUAACAUUAACGAGAAGAGAAGGAGGAGGUGUAAAAAAAGAAUGCAUAAUAAUUAUUAGAUUAUUAUUUCAUAUGAUAACCCUACUUGAUGAAACCAUCAAUAACAACUCGCGUCGUAACUUAUUCUACAACAGAUUGAUAAUAUAAUACUAACGGUUUGUAAUUGUAACUUGUAAAAAAUCUUAUUAAUAACUUAACUACGUAAAAUUAAAUUAGUCAUAUAGGUUCACGUAGAACAUAUUUAAAUUAUAGUAACUCUAAAUAUUGUACAACUAGUAAGGGCUACAGUUCUUCCGAAAAAAGCAACCAAAGCAAUUGCUUUCGCCUUAUUUACUCUCGUAUCGAAUUGAUGUGCCUUAUUGUCGAUAAUGAUGAUAAUAAUAAUAAAAUAUGAAGAAUGAACUGGUUCAAAAACAAA